AUGGCGGCGCAGGAGCCGCCGCGGCCGCCCCCGGGCAGCGCCGAGCCGCUGGAGCCGGAGCCCGGCGGGCGCUACGAGGCCGUGGUGCCGCACUGGUUCUACUGCAAGGUCACGGACACGCGGGAGCGCUGGGUGCCGUUCAGCGCGCAGGACUCGGAGCGCCUGGAGGCGGCGCACGGCGCAGGGAAGGAGCAGGCUGGCGUGGUGGUGCCCACCUCGGGGGGCAGGUACGACGUGCACCUGCAGGAGCGGCGGCGCGUGGCCGUGUACUGGGAGGAGGAGGCGGCCGAGGUGCGGCGCUGCACCUGGUUCUACAAGGGGGACAAGGACAACAAGUUCAUUCCCUACUCUGAGGCCUUCAGUGAGGAGCUGGAGGAAGCUUACAUGAUUGCCGUGACCCUGGGUGAGUGGAAGAAGAAGCUGGAGUCCCCCAACAGAGAAGUCAUCAUCCUGCACAACCCAAAGCUGAUGGUUCACUACCACCCCGUGGCCAGCUCUGACGACUGGGUCUCCACGCCCACGGAGCAAGGCCGGCCCCGCACUGUGAAGAGAGGAGUGGAGAACAUUGCUGUGGAGAUCCCCAAUGGAGAGCCCCUGCAGAUCGACCACCUGGUGUUCGUGGUGCACGGCAUCGGCCCCGCCUGCGACAUCCGAUUCCGCAGCAUCGUGCAGUGCGUGAACGAUUUCAGGAACGUGUCCCUCAGCAUGCUGCAGUCCCACUUCAGGAAGGCCCAGGAGCAGCAGCAGGUGGGCAGGGUGGAGUUCCUGCCUGUCAACUGGCACAGCUCCCUGCACUCCACGGGCGUGGAUGUCGACCUGGAGCGGAUCACGCUGCCCAGCAUCAACCGCCUGCGUCACUUCAUCAACGACACCAUCCUGGACGUGUUCUUCUACAACAGCUCCACCUAUUGCCAGACCAUCGUGGACACGGUGGCCUCGGAGAUGAACCGCCUGCACCGGCUCUUCCUGCAGAGGAACCCGCGCUUCAGCGGCGGCGUGUCCAUCGCGGGGCACAGCCUGGGGUCACUCAUUCUGUUUGAUCUCCUGACGAACCAGAAGGCUGAUCCUGAGGAGAAGGAGCGCUGUGUGCAGGUAGGGGAGGCCACUGCCCCCUCCUGCAGCUGCUUGGGGACGGGGCAGAGGAGCCAAGAGGUGAGCACAAAGUGGUGUGAUCCCUCCUGGAUGUGUUCGCAGGGCUCCAGGACAACCUCAGGCACGGGGGGUAUUGAGGAGGUAAAAGAAAUCCUGAAGAAGCUGGAGCUGUCUGAGUACUGUGAUGUUUUUGAGAAGGAGAAAAUGGACAGGCAAGCACUGCUCUUGUGCACAGAGAACAACCUGAAAGAAAUGGGAAUUCCCUUAGGGCCCAGAAUGAAAAUCCUCCAUCACAUCAGCUCCGAGACAGGCAUGAAGGGUGGGAGCUCUGAGCCAGGGUCCCCAUCCCAGCUCGGGGACAGCUCUGAGGAUGGCAGGAGCUGCCAGUACCGGGACGUUGGCUUGGGACAGGUGUCAGCAAACUACCCCCAGCUGGACUACAAGCCCAGCAUCUUCUUUGCCUUUGGCUCUCCCAUCGGGAUGUUCCUCACGGUGCGGGGAGUGAAGCGCAUCGACCCCAACUACAGCCUGCCCACCUGCAAGGGCUUCUUCAACAUCUUCCACCCCUUUGACCCCGUGGCGUAUCGGAUCGAGCCCAUGAUCGUGCCAGAGAUGGAGUUCGAGCCCAUGCUGCUGCCCCACCACAAGGGCAGGAAGAGGAUGCACCUGGAGCUGAAGGAAGGGCUGACCCGCAUGAGCGUGGACCUGAAGAACAACCUGCUGGGCUCCCUGAGGGUGGCCUGGCAGUCCUUCACCCGCUCCCCCGUGCUUGCCCUGGAGGCUGGCGGCUCUGAGGCCGAGGCAGAGGCGGAGGCUGGCACUGAGAAGCAGCCAGACACCAAGGCAGAGGAGCCCCCAGCAGCGGUGAAGGAGGAGAGCCCUCCCAUCAACGUGGGCAGGCUCAACGGGGGGAACCGCAUCGACUACGUGCUGCAGGAGAAGCCCAUAGAGAGCUUCAACGAGUAUCUGUUUGCACUCCAGGGGCAUCUCUGCUACUGGGAGUCAGAGGACACCGUGCUGCUGGUUCUGAAGGAGAUCUACCAGACACAAGGCAUCACACUGGACCAGCCUUUACCGGGGAGCCAGUGACCCACCCGUGCUCUUCUGGCUGUCCAAUCCCACAGAGCACUCACCAGGAAAGUCCAGAUCUCAUCUCUGCCUUCCUCUCUCCUCUGCUGCCGUGUCCUGCAUGCUGCUUCCUGGAGAUCAGGAUGGAUUUUCCUCCAUUUUGGCUUGGGGUAGGGGGAAAAACCAUCAAGGAAAAACCACUUCAGCUCCAACACACACACACACACACACCACCUGUACAGUGACUCCCUGUGGCAACGUGUGCUUUCAGCCUGCACCCUGUGAGCCCCCACACCAGCAGACGAGCUGUCCGGGCUCAGAGCCCACACCUGGACACUCACAGCCUGGGACUUGAGGAGAAAAAGCCUUAAACACAGCGUGGGAAGAGCUGCAGCAGCCUUGGAGCAAGGGAGAUUGCUGAGUUUUGCUAACCCAAAAACACAAAACCUCCCCCCCCCAGCAGGGCACAGGAGGUGAAGCCCAGGGCACAGAGAGCUGCUGAGCCAUGGGGGCUGGCCAGCAUCAUUGCUGCACUGCUGCUGCAUCCCUGGGCACCCCUGCUGCAUCCCUGGGCACCCCUGCUGCAUCUCUGGGCACCCCUGCACUGCAGCCAGGCAGGGCUGCCCCUAAAGCACCCUGUGAGAGUGGCAUGCUCGUGCUCCUCCCUGCUGUGGGGCUCUGCUGGGGACAGCUCAGCACCCAAACCCACCCCAACCCUGCCCACCCUGAACACCCAGGGCUCCCCAGUGCUGCUGGGGACAGCUCAGCACCCCAAACCUCCCCAUCCUGAACACCCUGACCCUCCCCAGUGCUGCUGGGGACAGCUCAGCACCCCAACCCAGCCCAUCCUGAACACCCUGACCCUCCCCAGUGCUGCUGGGGACAGCUCAGCCCCCAAACCUCCCCACCCUGAACACCCUGACCCUCCCCAGUGCUGCUGGGGACAGCUCAGCACCCCAACCCAGCCCAUCCUGAACACCCAGACCUUUCCCACAGCCCUGAGCCAGCCAGUGCCCUGCUGUCCCUGCUCUGAGGAAAGUUUCCCCUCCCAGCUGGCAGUGCCAGGCAGCGUGAGCCCUGCAGGGACACAGAGCAGUGUGAGCAGCAGCUGAGCACAGAGAUCUGUGCCCUCUCCACGCUCCCAUCCUGGUUUAGCUUUAAAUGUCCAAGACGCAGCCAAGCAAAGGUGGAGCCCAGACCCAGCAGGGCGUGGGCACUGCAGGAAUGACACCAGCUCUGUGGGCAGCUCAGUCUGCACUGCCUUGAAGCUCUUUUUUCUGAGAGGGCAGGGCUGGAGAACCUCUGUGAUGCUUCCCUGGGGCUCCAGUGCUGUGUGAGGCGUUGCUGUGCAGCCUUUGGAGAGCCAAACCACUUUUCCCCUCCUGCUGACUUUUGCCCUGCAUGGGGUGAGGAGCCUUUUUUCCCACCCCCCCAGAGCCUGUUGGUUUGUUUUUCCUCCAUUGUUCUGUUAUUUGCACUAUUGGAAGGGUUUUGUUUGCAGCCUCCAUCCCUCCUCCCCUCCCAAGGAACUGUACCUUGGUCAGCACCUGACUGGCUGAAGUCUCAUGGGAGCAGGAAAAGGGACAGUCUUAACGUGGGACACUAAUGAUCAGCUUUUUAAGUUAUGCACUUUGUUAAAAAAAAAAAAAAAAGGAAGUUAAAUACAUUUUAAAUGUUAUUUAAUGUCUUUUCCAGUAAAAACCAAAAUAAA